AUGUUGAGCCACUCAUUUUGGCUGCUAGCAACAUUAACAGUCCUUUCGUGCACCUUCCGCAAUGUGACGACGCGCACCGCCACCGGUUCGACGGCACAACAACUAACCGCUGCACAAGCCAAAGAUGGCGGCGGCGGCGGCAGUGGUGACAGUGGUAGUGCGCAAUCAUGGGCCAGCUCUGGCGCGAGUAGCUCCGGUGCCUUCUGGGGUGAUCUUUCGCAAGCCUAUCGAAUUUAUAAGAAUUGCACGCAAGACAAUCUCUCGGUGUGCCUGAAGGUGAAACUAUUGACGGGGCUGCAGCGAGUGUUACGAUCAUCGAAGGUGCUUAAACUAAUUGAUGGCGUGCAAUUCGUCAAGAGCGGCGAUGAAGCGACAAAUGGUAACGCGGCGCCUCGGUUGAGUUUCACCAAUGAAAAGGAGCUCGAAGCGGUGUUGCCACGUGGCGAAGCCGCUAAGGAGCAGGUGCUGCACAGUAUGAUUGCGCGGGAAUUUUCCAAUUUGCUGGAGAAUUUCACGUUGCAGGUCAAAUUUCCCUACAUGCAAGGCACGGCGUCAAACACCGACGAAAGCGUUACAGAGGGACGAAAGAAAAAGGACAAGAAAGGCGGUGGUGGCGCUUAUAUAAUGAUUCCACUACUGCUCGGCGGCACCUUCAUACCAAUUGCUUAUGGCGCCCUAGCAAUGCUGGCGGGUAAAGCGUUGAUCGUUUCCAAGUUGGCGCUCGUGUUGGCCUCCAUUAUCGGCAUUAAGAAACUAUUAAGUGGCAACAACAAGGACUCGCACGAAGUGGUCGUCUCAUCGGGUGGUCAUUCGGGUUGGGGACGUGACAUGGAUCUGGCAUACAGUGGCUGGAAACCUGGCAAAGAGGGUGUGAAGGGUAUGUAG